GCACCACAAGUUGUGAGACGGCUGAAACAGUUAAACGUGAGGCCCUACAGGCAAGCAAAUGCUGAAGCCGCAGCUGGAUACCAACGAGGGCUGUUCUCAAUCAUUUUGUCUAUUAAAACAUACCAGCAUUUAUCAACUCAAGAUGCACUACCUGGGAAAGCGGCGGUUUCAAAGGACCUGAAGCCUGAUCUGUGUGGGAUUAGCUUCACUACUGUCUACAGCACGGUAUGAUUGGAAGACCCCUUCUGGCAUUUCUCACAUGCGCGUCUCUCUCAGUUUUCUAAAGUUACCUUGCUUUAGACAACAGCAUGAAAUGAAGCGAAGGAGAAUACCUGGAGCAAGAAACGUCGGAGAAUGAGCAGAGGAAUUCAUUCUGAAACAUAGAGAGAGCAGGCUGUUGGCUACAAUGGUUUAUUGCAGACUGUUGUUUUUUCUGGUUUGUAUCUGUCACGGAGACAGUUUCCCUAACCCCGGACAGGGCGAUGGCUUUGCUGUAGUCGGUGCUGAACAAGAUGAUGCCACAGAUUGCCACCCGUGUACCCUGGAGCUUUGCCCAGCAGCUGUAGACUGCAGGGCUGGGCUCGUAUUGGACCGCUGUGGUUGUUGCAUGGAGUGCGGUAAUAUCGAGGCUCAGCCGUGUGAUUUGGACAGCACCAAUAGUUUUUACGGCCUUUGCGGGGACAACCUCGAGUGCAGGAUGGACAUCUCGGUCCUGGAGCACGGGGAGGUGCCCGAGCCGCAGUGUGUGUGUGUAUCUCAGGAGGCGGUGUGCGGGUCAGAUGGCAGGACCUACGAGAACUUCUGUAAAUUUAAAGAAGCGGCACUCGGGCAGACGAGCGUUGUACGCACCGGGCCAUGUUUCACAGUGCCCCGUAUAGAGCAUCCACCCCAGGACCAUGUGAACGUGACAGGCAGUGACAUCAUCUUCCUGUGUGAAGUCUUUGCGUUUCCCAUGGCCGUGAUAGAAUGGAGAAAGGAUGGCGACGACAGCAGUCUCCCUGGCGAUGAUCCUCACAUCUCUGUGCAGUCCAGGGGCGGUCCCAUGAAGUACGAGCUGUCAAGCUGGCUGCAGAUCGAAAGAGUUACAAAAGAAGACGCGGGCACUUACCGUUGUGUUGCGCGUAACAGACUGGGCUGGAUAACAGCCUCGGCUGUGCUGGCAGUCCUUGAGGAAGAUGUUGCAUCUUCUAUUUCAUCUGCAAAUACAACAGAAGCGGUCAUCUCUGAUCACACAGAAGAUUACUAUGAUUAUUAGUAUAUUAAUGAAGAGUGACAUACAGCUACAAACCAUUCCUCAUUUUAACUUCAAUCAUAUAUAUAUAUAUGUAUAUAAACCCACAACAUUUUUCAAUAAGAAACACUGAGAUCAUAAACAUCAUAAAAGGUAAAGGGACAGGAAAAAGAUUAGAAAAUGUAUCUGAAGCUACUUAUUCUUUAAAACAGUGCUCUUUGUAUGCCAAGGCUAUAGAAAUCUAACAAUACAUACAAGUCUAUUUGGUGUACUGCUGUCUGUAACAUCUCAUAUGUACAACGCCAGUAAGGACACCAUUUGAAUGAUUAGAACAGCGGUGCUAUUUAGAUCACCCAUUGUUUAGAUCAGUUGAAUACAUCCCAAUAUAUUUUGUGGAGGAAAUAAUGUUGGGGUUUGGGAUAUUUGGAACCUACACCCCUAUACUGAAAAUACAGCUGAACCAAGUGUGCUUUUUUCACCUUUUUUGAUAUGUUGGAUUUGACAUCCAGUCAUCUCGUCGACACAGGGAGAAAUUUGGCAACCCGCUGACUUACAGUCAAGAGCACAUGUUUUUAGUGUGCUCUGAAGUUUCUGAAUGCUCGGAAUGCUGUCAAAAGUAGAAAGAAGAAAAAAAAUCUGCUUCCCAUUAAGGGGACGGCAAUUACUCAUGACUUCAGCUGACAGAAAUACAUAAUUUAUGAUCUGGAAGCUUUGUAACAUGCGGACCAUUCUCAACGCUUUUUAAAAAUCUUUUUUUAACUUUUAUUUUAUUAUUCAAGGUGCGCACUGAUAAAAACAGACCACAUUCUGUUUAAACUGCUUUGUGCAUGAGGGCAGAGAUUUAUUUAUACAGCCAUUCACAGGAUGACAGCUCACAAUAAAAAACAAAUGAAAAGAAAAGAAAAAGUAGGGGGCUUACAACUGCAAAGGUGCAGGGACAUUUUCAAAAGACACAAAACUAUUUUAACAAAGUAAAACUAUCAAGGAAUUAUUGCUCAGAGCAAUAAUUUACCUGCUCAUUACUAAAACGGUCCCUAGGGGUUGCAAAACAGAGAAAAAAUACCAUAUUAACAAGCAUGUCAGUAAAAUACAUCCCCGCCACAGCUGGAAAUGAAAGAUUAGAGCUAUUAGUAUGGUGAAAAGGUUGAUGGCCAUGAUGUAUAUCAACAGCAAGUACAGAACAGCAAAAACUAUAUAUAUUACAUAUAUCAACAGCAAAGUACAGAAUAGCAUAGACCAACAUAUCUAUAUGCACCAUCAUAUAUAUCCAUACAGAUGCACAAUGUAAUGAAUUGGCAUUAUUGAAUUGAAUAGAAAGACAAGAGCUGGACAUGAACCACAUAUCAUAGGGUUAAAAGACAGGUCUUACCAGAGAAAGCUCUGUAGUCAAAAGGCAAGUCUUAUGUUGAUAUCAGUAUUAAUUGAUCAGCUGAUAGGAAGAGAUUUAUUACAACAGACAGAGACACACCUCCACAUGUACACCCAAUUCCGAAAACAUACUACACAGUGUUUUAACAACUGGAUAGGUUGUUUUUUUUUCUCUAGAUUUAUGGAAAAAUGUAAAGUGAGACAUAAGGAUGGAGAACCAUUUAAUGUUUGGCGAGCAUUAUAACUCAAAUGCUGAGCAAAUGCUUUUUUCGUGCUCCGGAUGC